UUCACAUACGAUGAUGGAAAUCUGUAAGAAAUUUGAUAAUGCCUCGGUUACUUCACAAUCCAAACAAACCAUUGUUUACCAUCCAAAGUGAUGAAUAAUGCUGAAUGGAAAGCAACAAAACGAUGAUGAAUGCAGAUUCUUGACCGAAAGAAAUUAUAAAUCUCGAAUGUCCAUCGCUCAAGCAGAUGUACUGAACUCUACAGAUGCCCAAACAUGCAUAAAUCUAUGUAAGAGCUGCAAUGGAAUUGCAAAUUUUGUAAACAAUCGAUGCGAAUGCAAUAUUGAAGACAGUAUAAAGGAAGGGGCGGACUGCGUACUACGUAUGAAACGCGAAGCAACAGAGUAUGGAUUAGAUGUGGUAUCUUGUGACUUGAGUAACGAUAAAAGAUCCACACGAUGUUUACUUGGGACAAAGCAUGAAUUCGGAAAUAAUGAUAUAGAUCAAGUUGCUAAAUACUUCAUGGAAGAUGGGCCCAUAACAGGUUCUAUAUUCCAGGCACCGCCAUAUACUUUUACAUAUCCCCCCGAUACUGUCCAAAGUCAAAGUAAUGAUUGUGUCGAACAACCUUCUUUAUUUGUUUUAAAUUCUUUACAAGAAAGUGCAUAUACACCUCGACCUGUAGAAAUCGUUUCAACUCCACGGGCUCAGCAUAUUGUCUCGAGUUCUCAACCUCAAUAUAUUGAAGCAAAUUCUGAAAGUCAACACGUCUUAUCUAGUCCUCGAUCCAAAAACUUUGAUUCAAAUUCAAAAUCUCAAUAUUUUGUAUCGAAUCGAAAGAGUGAAUGUGUUGGCGCACCGAGAAUUAUUACUCAACCGAAAGAAGCGAUAGUAGCUCCACCAAUUGUUAAUUGUGUUUCUACAUCUGCAUCUGGUAAUUAUGGACCAAUACUUGAAAAACCAAAGAAUGAUGAUAACGCACUAAUAAUUGAUGAUAUUAAUUUUAUUCUACUGACAGAACAGACUAAUACUCCAAAUUUUUUUCAAAUUUUGGGUGAACAGCUCAGUAGACCUAUGUUUGGUAUACCACAUGCUAUUGAAACUGUAAGCCAAACUCCAGGAAUUAGUAAUUUGGUCAGUGCACCUGUAAAUCUACUUUAUACUUUCUUACAACGAUUAAAUGAAAAUUCCAAUCGUGUUGCCAGUACUUGUAAAAAGUCUCAAGAACACAACGUUAAAAUUGGUACUUCCAAAAUAUCAAUAUCAAAUCCAAUUGCCAAUACUAUUAAUCCAAUCGUUGGCACACAAGUUCCACCUUUCAAUUACCAUUAUCCGACUGCUGGUUCGCCGCUAAUUAACCUACUAAGUCCCUCAGUGAGUAUUCCUGCUACAGCACAUGUGUCUUAUAUUCAACAAAUGCCAGCAACAAUGCCAAUGAUCCAUGGUCCUAUAUUAGGAAAUAUUUCUCCAUGUAAUGGCUUUGUUCCCCAGGUACCAACAACAUAUGUUGUUGGGGCAUCUUUGGGGUUACCUUAUUAUAGUAAUUGCAAUACUAUAGCAGCUCCAGUAACCGCUUUUGAAACAUUCACACAAAUUGAUGAUUCUCCUGGACCUUUUGUUGAACAUAAUAUGGAAUUAACAAAUGACGAAAAUUCUGGUUCAUCGCUAUAUACUUCACUCAAGAAAAUCUGCAAAAAAUCUACCAAAACCAAAGAAUUACCUAUAAAAAUAAACAGAGACGUAAACAAUAAUUUCAAAUCCGCCAUUGAUGGUCACAAAUUUGAGACAAUGAAAAAACAGUUGGAAGAUGAAAUAGCACAUACAGAUAAACAGUCUUUGUCACAAAUUUCUAAUAUAGACAAUAGUACAACUCAAGCAUUAAUAAUAGAACAACUGCCAAGUGAAAACGUUAAUAUACAAAGACCAACAAAUGAAAAUAUAAACAACAAAAAAACUAAAACAGAGAAAUUAAUUAAAGAAAAAUUGAGAUCUAAUGCAGUUGUUAAUAAGUUGGGUAAAAAGAACUUAUAA